AAUGUCACUUAAUAACAGAAGUGUUAUGUCAUAAACAUUUAUGACUUGUUUAUGACACGUUCAUGACAGUGUCAUGUCACUCUUAUGUCGACACUGUCAAGUAAAGUGUAACCGAUUAUAAUAAGUGAUAUUAAUAUGCUAUAAAUGUUUUAAAAUAUGCCAUAAAUUCAACAAGUAUCUUGUAUUGAUGAUUGACAUGUGGUGAUCUAUUUUCUCCAUACAUUGUCUGUGAGUGCCUCACAGAUACUGUUUCUUGAUUCACAGAUUUUCAGUGAUAUUUGAGCUGUUGUUCAGUCUGCCUGAUGCAAAAUGUAUUCAUUUUGUUAUUUUUUCCCUGUUUCAUGACAGUUAGAUAAAUAUAAUUGCCCCAUUGUGUGUGUGUGUGUGUAUGAAAGUUAGGAAAGGAACUGUGUACCAUGACCAGAUGAGUGUUCACAAUGGAAUGGAAUGUCCCUGAUAUUUUGGUGUUUAAAACAGGAACAUGGUGUCUGGAUAGAAAAACCCAAAAGAAAAAAAAUAUAAACUCUCAAUUUCAAAAUUCAAUAUCAAGUGCUCUAAAUAAAUCCUCACAAAACAAGACAUACUGCAUAGUGGUGUGUAAUAUGAUAUAAAGCAAGAUGAUGAUUAAGAAUUAAGUGAAAUAAGAAUAAUGUGAAUAUCAAGAAAACAUUUCAAUGACUACAUUGCAGCAACAAUAGACUAGCAAGGUAGGCAUGUAUGCUGUGCUUCUUAAAUCUGAAAGAACAUUUUUAAGUACUGUUCCAUGGAUGUAGGAGGAAGUAAAUAUUCAACGUGUUAUAUUUUUUCCAUAGAAUUCAGUGAUAUUUUCAAUGCGGCUAUUCAAAGCAAACAUUGUGAAUGAAAUUUGUCCAGUGACACCAGUGCUCUCAGCAUCCAGCAUCAUCCCCACUGGACGACCAACAUCGGAUCUGACUUCUUGACCGCUGCCCGUACGCCUCUGUGAGCCAGUCGGACUUCUCUGGUCUGGUCUGAUUAUGAGCAGAGGCAUUUGUAUUGUGGCCCCACUCGUGAAAAUGUCCGAUCAGGUUUCUGGGAAACAAGACUGUGGCCAGUGCUACCAGGUCGAUAUCAGCAUUGUGGUGGCCCUCAUUUCCUGUGACAUCCUCCUGACAGUCCUGAUCGCCCUCUCUGUGUACUGCUGCGUGUCUCGUCAGAGGAGAAGAACUGGUCUGCAUCCACAGCCAAGUGAUGCAGGUAAAGGUAAACAGCUCACUUCCUCAAAAAAGACCAAAAAGCCCGAAGUCACUGAGUCGCCAUACCAGGAGCUGUAUGGGGUCCAGUCAGACGUUUACAAUGAUCUGAGACAGUAUCGGAAAUGAGUCUUCUUCAGUGCAAUCCUGAAAACGUUCUGGAAGGUUGUUUAUUCUUUACUAUUUUUUUCCACGACGAGAUGGCAUGCCCUGAAUGUUUAAUGUGGCACCUUUCAUGUAAAUAGUAUUUAUUUGUUGACUUGAAGUGGAGCAGGGCCUGCUAUCAGCCCCUUGUCACUUUUAAUUCAUUAAUAACCAGCCUCCACUUUCUUAGCUUGGAGGGCUAUACAGAGCACUAAACAGUCUGCAGAAAGCUAUUUCAGUAGAGCUAAUUAAAAUGGUCACUUGCUUGCCUAAUGUAGUCUUUUGUACAGUUUGUAUACACUUUGUAUUUGUACAAUAAACUAUGAAAACUUGUUUGAGAUAAUGUUAUGUAGUUCAAGUGAUAGCAUAUCUUUUGUUAAUGUGUUCAUAUAUCAUAUAAUAUUGUGGAAACAAAAUAAACUAUUAUUUCAGUUCAUAUACCUACUAUAUUAUAUGUAUCAAUGUGCACUUCACAGACGUUAUGUAGAAUAUAGAUAUAGGGGUUUACAGACUUUAUGUAUAAUAUAGAUAUAGGGGUUUACAGGCUUUAUGUAUAUAGGGGCUUUGCUAUUGUUACUGAAUAGUCAGUUGAGGGAACUGCUGCAAGCCCUGAAGACACCCACUCCUCACCCGCCAAGUAGAGUUGCUGAGGAUGUCUGCUGCCCCUUGUCUUGGUCACAAGUUGGUGUGUCUCUUGCAGACGCAUGGGGUUUGGUUUUUCCCCCACUGGAAACUUCAGACAACAGUUCAAAUGAAUCACGUUUGAGCACAUUUAGCCCAACGCCUCACAUGUCUGAUGGCUAUUUUGAGACGGAGGGACAUGUGUUUCUACAUAUUUUGUGUAAAAGAUAUACAUGUUUGUAUUUAUUGUCUUUUUUUUUGUUAUUUGAAUGUCAAACAUGUAUUUUGGAUUGACCAUUCUGAUCCAAUUAUUACUAAAAUGGAAAUAAAUCUCGGACAUUUUGAACAUA